AUACGUGAGAUUCCCCACAGAAUCCAAUCGUGUCAAAUCGUGGCUGUAUUCUUCCGCUAGCGCCAAGAUUCCUCGCGUUCAACGUCAGCGGGAUCGCCCGCAGCGGUCACAGAGACAGGAAAUACGGUCAGUCAACGAUUAAUUGUCGAUGCCCGAGGCGGUAGAGCGCGCGAGGUGACUGUUUAACUUCGACGAGUCGCCGAGACAUUUUCAUACGCGGGAACUAUUUCGAGAUAGAGGGGCGGCGUUGGCGGCCAUGAUGGGUGUCAGCGGCGAGUAGCGACGGUGUUCGGUCUCCGUCAGUUGGUUUUGCGCUUUGAUGAUUGAUGCCGAGUGUUCGGGGGGAUAAAAGGCGUUCGAUAAGCGAGAAUAGCUCGUAAGUGGAUACAGUUGGGUUCGCGGCCGCACGGUUAUCCCGCAGGAGAGACAGCGGCUGGAAAGCACGGUGAUACUUUGAAUAUUUCGGCAAAAUGACGCAGCUACUGCCCAUAAGGUUCCAAGAACAUCUUCAGCUCACAGCUGUAGGGAUUAAUGCCAGCAAUGUCAGCUUUAAUACGCUUACUAUGGAAUCUGAUAAAUUCAUUUGCGUGAGAGAAAAGGUUGGUGAUACCGCUCAGGUGGUUAUUAUCGACAUGAAUGAUUCUGCCAAUCCCAUCAGAAGACCAAUAUCAGCUGAUUCUGCAAUUAUGAAUCCAGCCAGUAAAGUCAUAGCUCUUAAAGCUAUGAAGACACUGCAGAUCUUCAACAUCGAAAUGAAAUCGAAGAUGAAAGCCCAUACAAUGACAGAGGAUGUGGUGUUUUGGAAGUGGAUUUCGCUGAACACGUUGGCGUUGGUAACGGAAACCGCGGUAUAUCACUGGUCCAUGGAAGGCGACUCUACGCCGAAUAAGAUGUUCGAGCGUCAUUCAUCCUUAAACGGCUGUCAGAUUAUCAAUUAUAGAACAGACCCAAAACAGACGUGGCUAUUAUUGAUCGGUAUUUCGGCACAGCAUAAUCGAGUGGUCGGUGCUAUGCAGCUCUAUUCUGUGGAGCGAAAGUGUUCGCAACCGAUCGAAGGACACGCCGCUUCCUUCGCUCAGUUUAAGAUGGAAGGGAAUGGGGAAGCCAGCAAUUUGUUCUGUUUCGCCGUUAGAACAGUCCAAGGAGCGAAGCUUCACAUCAUCGAAGUGGGUCAACCGCCAGCCGGUAACCAUCCGUUCCCGAAGAAGGCCGUGGACGUUUUCUUCCCGGCCGAGGCCGGCAACGACUUUCCUGUCGCUAUGCAAGUUAGCUCCAAGUAUGACGUCAUCUAUUUAAUUACAAAGUACGGCUACAUUCACAUGUACGACAUCGAAUCUGCGACCUGUAUAUUUAUGAAUCGCAUCUCGGGCGAAACUAUCUUCGUCACCGCGCCGCACGAAGCUUCUGGUGGUAUAAUCGGAGUUAACCGUAAAGGCCAAGUUUUGUCCGUAUCCGUGGACGAGGAGAACAUUAUUCCAUACAUCAACGGAGUACUGCAGAACUCGGAGUUGGCUCUGAGAAUGGCCGUAAGGAACAAUCUGUCUGGCGCGGAGGAUCUGUUUGUGAGGAAAUUUAAUAUGCUCUUCCAGAACGGCCAAUACGCAGAGGCGGCGAAAGUCGCGGCGAACGCACCGAAAGGAAUACUCCGUACGCCCGCGACUAUACAACGAUUUCAACAGGUCCCGACUACUCAGGGACAGACUUCGCCUCUCCUGCAAUACUUUGGUAUUCUUUUGGAUCAAGGACAGCUGAAUAAAUACGAAUCGUUGGAGUUAUGCCGGCCUGUGUUGGUUCAGGGACGCAAGCAGCUGCUGGAGAAGUGGUUGAAGGAGGAUAAGUUGGAGUGCAGCGAGGAAUUGGGCGAUCUGGUGAAACAAGCGGAUCCUACGUUAGCGUUGAGCGUUUAUCUGCGAGCCAACGUUCCCAACAAGGUUAUACAAUGCUUCGCGGAGACCGGCCAAUUUCAGAAGAUCGUGUUGUAUGCCAAGAAAGUCUCCUACACGCCCGACUAUAUAUUCCUCUUGCGAAACGUCAUGAGGAUCAAUCCUGACCAAGGUGUAGCGUUCGCACAGAUGCUGGUGCAAGACGACGAGCCGUUAGCCGACAUCAAUCAGAUCGUUGACAUAUUUAUGGAGCAAAACAUGGUGCAACAAUGCACAGCAUUUCUGUUGGACGCGCUCAAGAACAAUCGGCCGAGCGAGGGUGCUUUACAAACUCGUCUCUUGGAGAUGAACCUGAUGUCCGCUCCACAGGUAGCCGAUGCUAUAUUAGGCAAUCAGAUGUUCACUCAUUACGAUAGAGCUCAUGUCGCGCAAUUGUGCGAGAAGGCUGGUCUGUUACAACGCGCCCUCGAACACUAUACGGAUUUGUACGAUAUCAAGAGAGCAGUGGUGCAUACUCACUUGCUUUCGCCCGAGUGGCUCGUAGGGUUCUUUGGCACUCUGUCCGUGGAGGACUCUCUCGAAUGCUUGAAGGCCAUGUUAACGGCCAACAUUCGACAGAACUUGCAGAUCUGCGUACAAAUCGCGACCAAGUAUCACGAACAACUGACGACGAAGGCGCUGAUAGAUUUGUUCGAGAGCUUCAAAUCUUACGAGGGCUUGUUCUACUUCCUGGGAUCAAUUGUGAACUUCAGUCAAGAUCAAGAAGUGCACUUCAAGUACAUACAGGCGGCUUGCAAGACCGGUCAGAUCAAGGAAGUAGAGCGCAUAUGUCGUGAGAGUAACUGUUACAAUCCGGAGCGCGUGAAAAAUUUCCUGAAGGAAGCCAAGCUGUCCGAUCAGCUGCCGCUGAUAAUCGUCUGCGACCGAUUCGAUUUCGUUCACGACCUCGUUCUCUACCUUUACCGCAAUAACUUGCAGAAAUACAUCGAAAUCUACGUCCAGAAGGUGAAUCCGUCGCGUCUGCCGGUAGUCGUGGGCGGUCUGUUGGAUGUCGACUGCUCGGAGGACAUCAUCAAGAACCUGAUACUCGUGGUGCGCGGGCAAUUCUCCACUGACGAACUAGUCGAGGAGGUCGAGAAGAGAAAUCGGUUGAAACUGUUGUUGCCGUGGCUCGAGUCUCGCGUUCACGAGUGCUGCGUGGAGCCUGCCACGCACAACGCACUAGCAAAGAUCUACAUUGACAGCAACAACAAUCCCGAGCGAUUCCUCAAGGAGAAUCAAUUUUACGACAGCAGAGUCGUCGGCAAGUACUGCGAAAAACGCGACCCGCAUCUGGCUUGUAUCGCGUACGAGCGUGGCCAGUGCGACCGCGAGCUGAUAAGCGUAUGCAACGAGAACAGCCUCUUUAAGAGUGAGGCCAGGUAUCUGGUGAGACGUAGAGACCCCGACCUCUGGGCAGAGGUUCUCCUGGAGAGCAACCCGUACAAGCGACCGUUGAUCGAUCAGGUAGUUCAAACGGCAUUGUCCGAGACGCAAGAUCCCGAAGAUAUAUCAGUCACGGUGAAGGCUUUCAUGACGGCCGACCUGCCUAACGAGCUGAUCGAACUUCUCGAAAAGAUAGUGCUGGAUAGUAGCGUGUUCAGCGAUCAUCGCAAUCUGCAGAAUCUCCUGAUACUAACGGCCAUCAAAGCUGACCGCACGCGAGUCAUGGAGUACAUCAAUCGCUUGGACAAUUAUGACGCUCCGGAUAUCGCGAACAUCGCGAUUAACAAUGAGCUCUACGAGGAAGCCUUCGCCAUUUUCAAGAAGUUUGACGUUAACACAUCAGCUAUCCAGGUGUUAAUCGAGCAGGUCAACAAUUUGGAUAGAGCUUACGAAUUUGCGGAAAGAUGCAACGAGCCGCCGGUGUGGUCGCAACUCGCCAGAGCUCAAUUGCAGCAGGGGCUAGUUAAGGAAGCAAUCGAUAGUUUUAUUAAAGCAGACGACCCGUCGGCGUACAUGGACGUAGUGGAAACGGCGCAUCGGACCUCGCACUGGGAAGAUCUGGUUCGCUAUUUGCAGAUGGCUCGCAAGAAAGCGCGCGAAUCCUUCAUUGAGAGCGAAUUGAUAUACGCGUACGCGCGAACUAACCGACUCGCGGACCUCGAGGAAUUUAUAUCAGGCCCUAAUCACGCCGAUAUACAGAAGAUCGGUGACAGGUGUUUCGACGACAAGAUGUACGAUGCCGCGAAGCUUCUUUAUAACAACGUAUCUAACUUCGCGCGUCUAGCUAUCACCUUGGUGCAUCUGAAGGAAUUCCAGGGCGCCGUGGACAGCGCGCGCAAAGCUAAUUCGACACGCACUUGGAAGGAAGUCUGUUUCGCUUGCGUGGACAGUGGCGAGUUUCGUUUGGCUCAGAUGUGCGGCCUGCAUAUAGUCGUGCACGCGGACGAGCUUGAGGAUUUGAUCAAUUACUAUCAAGAUCGCGGCCACUUCGAGGAGCUCAUUAAUCUCUUGGAAGCUGCCUUGGGGCUCGAACGCGCUCACAUGGGGAUGUUCACCGAGCUAGCUAUUCUUUACAGCAAAUACAAACCUCAACGAAUGAGAGAACACUUGGAACUCUUCUGGUCGCGCGUCAAUAUACCGAAGGUGCUACGCGCGGCGGAACAGGCUCACUUGUGGGCCGAAUUAGUGUUCCUAUACGACAAGUACGAAGAAUAUGACAACGCAGUGCUCGCAAUGAUGCAACAUCCCACUGAGGCUUGGCGGGAGGGUCAUUUCAAGGAUGUGAUUACUAAAGUCGCCAAUGUCGAGCUCUACUACAAAGCUAUACAAUUCUACGUGGAGUUCAAGCCCCUUCUGCUGAACGAUAUAUUGCUUGUGCUCGCCCCGCGCAUGGAUCAUACCAGAUCUGUGGCGUACUUCACGAGAACCGGUCAUUUGCAAUUGGUGAAACCGUACUUGCGAUCAGUCCAAGCUCUCAACAACAAAGCCAUCAACGAGGCGUUGAACGGUCUGCUGAUCGACGAGGAGGAUUAUCAAGGUCUUCGUACGUCGAUCGACGCGUUCGAUAAUUUCGAUAACAUCGCGUUAGCACAACAGCUCGAGAAACACGAAUUAAUCGAGUUCAGGAGAAUCGCCGCCUACUUGUACAAGGGAAACAAUAGAUGGAAACAAUCAGUGGAACUUUGCAAGAAGGAUCGGUUGUUCAGGGAUGCUAUGGAAUACGCGGCGGAGUCGCGGAAUCCGGAGGUUGCCGAAGAAUUGUUGGAGUGGUUCUUGGAAAGAGGCUCGAAGGACUGUUUUGCCGCGUGCCUAUUUCAUUGUUACGACUUACUUCAUCCGGACGUCAUUUUGGAGCUUGCAUGGAGACAUCGUAUCUUACAUUUCGCCAUGCCGUACCUCAUACAGGUCGCGCGGGAAUACAUAACCAAGGUCGACAAGUUGGAAGAAGCUGAAAGCCGGCGCAUCGAGGAAACCGAUCAUCAGGAACACAAGCCUAUGAUUAUGCCGGAACCUCAGUUGAUGCUGACCGCAGGACCAGGGAUGAUGGCACCUGGCUACGCGCCUCAAAACGUAUACGGUACGCCUGCACAAAGCGUGUACGCGUCCACCGCCGCAGCCUAUCAAGGUUACGGUAUGUGAAAUACAUUUAACAGAACAGAUCAACAAAGUCUACUUUUCUAUAAAGUUUAGGUAGAACUUGAGAUUGUUUGGUUAGCUUAAUAUUGUCAAAGCGAAUUAUACGAAUACAAGUAUCAUUAAAGGCGUAAAAGCUCACGUUUAGAUCAUGAUUAUAACGAAUGGUGAGAUGUAUUAGGAGGACAAAGAAUCCUAUCACACGCUAUCUAAGUGUAAACUUGUAAUUUAUAGGAGAGAUUGCCGAAUAAGCAAUUAUAUCGCAUUGUUUAAGUAGUCUAAUCUGGACCUUGUGAAACGGAUACACUGUUAUGUCGGGUGUAACGCAUAAUAACACGUAAAGAAAGAAAAUUCCUUUUUUUUUCUUUUUAAUACCGCGGUGCUGAGAUUUUUCUAUUGAAUUUAAUUAUCGUUGCACAGAGAGAAAGAGAGAGAGAGAGAGAAAGAGAGACACACAGUGAAGAGGUAUAUAAAUAUAUAUAUGUACAUGUACGUUGUAAGACAGAUAUAAUUUCGCUGUAUUUUGCUCGCACGUGUAUGUAUGUGCGUCUACGUGCCUUUCUUUUGACUACUGAAAGAGGAAACAAAUUACUUCGUUUCGGUCAAAUCAACCUUGUGUCUUCGAUUCGUCAUUUUCACCAUACGAGUUACACGGUGUUCGCUUAUCCGGACAGACCUCCUCCGUUUUAAAUAGCCCUCGUAUCUCUUCAGUUCGGUUCCAAUGGUCAAGUUGAAACCGAUAUAAUAUCGACGAGUCCCGACAGUCUCGAGAUAUACGGAGAAGAAUGACUGUGUCGAUUAUUCGCGAGCUAAUAAUAAGAUCACAUCGGGAAAAUCUGAACUCAACGAAAUAUUAUAUCGGAAUUAAUUGAAAUCGCUGAUUUAUACAACACGUAUACAAACGUGUUAGGAACAAGUAGUCCAAUUUUGAAAGUUCGUCCUUUCUUUCUACUUUCUCAAAAUGGUGGCAUUAUAAAAAAAAAGAUAUAUAUAGAUUUUAGUAGCGCGCGAUGUGAAUCGCAGCGAAAAUGAAGCGCCCUCGCAAAUCGACAUGUAAUAGGAAGAGCAUCUUUUUAGAUCGGGUAGAUUAUGUAUUGUUAUAUCGGUAUGUAACGAGAUCUUUAAAAACCGGAAGAAAAAUCUGUAGACGUUUGAAAAAAAAAGUGUGUUCGCGUGUCUAUGAUACAUCGUUCUAGAUCUACCUAUGUGUACAUUCGCUUGAACGUGAUACAGAUGCAUGUUCGCGGUUAGUUUGAUUUGCGCAAACGAUUGUUCGUAAAAUAAUAAAUGAUUAUCAAGAGAGAGAGAGAGAAAGAGAGAAAAAAUCACGAAAUUGAUGGCAAGAUCUUAUUGUCUUACCAGUAUAUCGAAAUAUAUACAAUAGAUUGAGCUUUUUGCCCGAUCGUCGUAUGUCUCAUGCUUUACAAAACCUCUCAUUAUCCAUGUCAUAAGAAGACGGUAACAAUUAGAGCUUAGAGUAUUAUGUAAAGAUACCGAGGAACUUGAACAAAGCAUAACACGAUCGUGUAUCUAUCGCAUCGCUCAUGUCGUACGAAACUGUUUCGUUGAUUCGUUCUCUGAUUUGUUUUUAUUGAUUCCAUUGUAAUGUGUGUGCAUAGUAUCUUUCUUGAAGUUAUCGGUCGUUAAUCAUUAUAAUAGCUCGUUACAAACUAUGCCUAAAUUAUGCAUUAAGAUAAAGUAGAUCGCAAUAUCUCUAGAGAAUGACAAAGUCAUGUUGUUGAACACUUGUGUUUGUUAAAGUAUUUAUGUUGCGUGUAUAAAAUGCUACAUCGAUGCAUCAGGAUCAGUAUAUGAGAUAUAGCAAGAGGCAGAGGAAGAAUACAGAUAUUAAUUUUUUAGUGUCUUAUCUUUAACAUUCCUAGAUAUGUGUGUGCUGCCUUACCGCGUAGUAUACUUAUUUUAGGUGACAAUCUCGCUUGGUUUUUUGUCGCAUCUCAAGAUACAACAGACAUGUGACAGAUUAUAGUACAUAUAGUCUUUUUAUUCUAAAGUACAAAACUUUUGUUUCCCUUACUCUGUAUCGUUUUCUCUAUUGUAUGAAUCUUUUGUUUGAUACUUCAUAGUUGGUCUUACGAUGUUUCAACUGUAUAAAUCAUUUGAAAAUAUAGCGCCCAAGGAAAACA